CGCACCGCGGGCUGGCCCCGCUCGCUCGGGCCGGUCACUCCCGCUCCGGGCUCGCUUGGGCUCCGCACGGACGGGCGGCAUCGGCUCUCCCGGCGGGCUCGCUUCUCCCGGCAGGAUCGCUUCUCCCGGCAGAGCCCAUGUCCGCCGCGCCCGUCCGCUCCCCGACGCUGCGGCCGCACAGGAUGAAGAAAGAGGAGUCGUUCCUGGGCAAGCUCGGCGGGACCCUGGCCAGGAAGAAGAAAGCCAAGGAGGUGAGUGACCUCCAAGAAGAAGGUAAAAAUGCCAUCAACGCUCCAAUGAACCCAAGCACUGUGGACAUCCAUCCAGAAGACACACUAUUAGAGGAGAACGAGGAGCGCACCAUGAUCGAUCCCAACUCAAAAGAAGACCCCAAGUUCAAGGAACUGAUCAAGGUUCUGAUUGACUGGAUUAACGAUGUGCUGGUGGAGGAGAGAAUCAUUGUCAAACAGCUGGAGGAGGACCUCUAUGAUGGGCAGGUGCUGCAAAAGCUGCUGGAAAAACUGGCUGACCGCAAACUGAACGUGGCAGAGGUGACACAAUCUGAAAUUGGUCAGAAGCAGAAGUUGCAGACAGUUUUGGAAGCUGUCCAUGAUUUACUCCGACCCCAUGGCUGGACAAUCAAGUGGAAUGUUGACUCCAUCCAUGGCAAGAAUUUGAUUUCCAUCCUUCACCUGCUGGUGGCUUUGGCCAUGCAUUUCCGAGCUCCCAUCCGGCUGCCCGAGCACGUGUCUGUGCAGGUGGUGGUUGUAAGGAAACGAGAAGGCCUCCUCCAGACCACCCAUGUUUCAGAGGAGCUGACCACCACCACAGAGAUGAUGAUGGGAAGAUUCGAGCGCGAUGCCUUUGACACUCUUUUUGAUCACGCACCAGACAAGCUCAGCGUAGUCAAAAAGUCUCUGAUCACCUUUGUGAACAAACACUUGAAUAAACUGAAUUUGGAAGUAACAGAGCUGGAAACCCAGUUUGCAGAUGGUGUUUACUUGGUUUUGCUCAUGGGUCUCCUUGAGGACUAUUUUGUUCCACUUCACAACUUCUACUUGACACCUGAAAGUUUUGAUCAAAAGGUGCACAAUGUUUCUUUUGCUUUUGAGCUGAUGCAGGAUGGAGGCCUGAAGAAGCCAAAAGCUCGCCCUGAAGAUGUUGUCAACUUGGACCUGAAAUCUACCCUCAGGGUUCUGUACAACCUUUUCACAAAGUACAAGAACGUUGAGUGAUCCUGGAAGCUGCUGAGGUCUCUUCACCCUUCAACCUCCUCAGGCAGAAGUUACAAUAAACAUGCCCUCUGCAUGCUCCCAUUGUGCCUUAUGCUAUGUGUACUUCAUGCAUUCUUCCUACAGUUGAUGUGUUCUCUCUGUAGCUGUUUGUAAAACAACCCCACUAAAAAUGAUGCAUGUGUAUUCUCUAGGUCACUUGAAAAUGUGUAGGUAUUUCACACUUUUGCCAAAUGGAUCUGUUGUUUGCUAUAACCCACAAAUGUUCUUUUGAGAAAGGAAAUAUACCACUAACUACUUUAAUAAGCAGGGAAAACAUGAGACCUUCCUCAUGGCUUGAGAUUCUUUGCUUCUGCAGAAGGCUUUCUUCUGCAUACUCCUUGCUUGCAGCUGGCAUUUGAUGAUUUUCCAGGCUUAGAGUGUUAACAACAGCAAAUCACCAUUGGAAUUUAUUUAGAAGCUGAGCCUUUUCUAUCAAAUAAGGGUUUGUAUGUUCUGUUGGGUGGUUGGGCUGAGGGGAAUUAUAGGCACUGUCUGAAGCUGAUGGCAAAACUUCAGUGUUUGUGUUCACCUCUUUCUACUCAGUGUUACUUGCAUUGUGUUUACACAGGACAAGCCUUGCAAUGGGAUGACCAAUUAAUCUUCUGAUGUCUAGUUUUUAUUUAAUCUCUCUUCUAGGAGAAAUUUGGUUGCUUAGGGCCACUGUCACCUGCUAAGCAGGCAGCUUCAGUCAGGUUGGUCAGGAGCUGGUCACACAGGCAGGGGCUGGGUUUGUGCAUUUCCCCCAGUCCUUCCUGAAAACAUCAGAGGGAAUGUGCACCUGAGACACCUGAGUGGGUUUUUGAGGAGAGCUUUGUGGAGGAAAUGGGAUUGGCAUGUGCAGAGUAAAUGAUAUGAGGGUUAUGCAUUCAAUAUCACCCUUUGAGCACAUAGAGAUUUGAUUGCUGCUUUUAUCUAUCACAGCAGCAACUUUUGUUUCAUGGGCAGCCAUUCCUUUGGGUGAAACACUAGGCAGAGUGCCCUGAAGGAGAGCAGGUAGAAUUGCUCUGCUCCAUGGGCUCACUUGAGUCCUGUUGUAAGUCAGCAUCUUCUUUCCCUAAAAAUCGAUUUUUUUUACUGCAAACAUUUGCUUUUGAGCUCAGGUUCAAGAGGAAACAUGCUAUUUGAAUGGUAUAAUUUUACAAUUGGGAUUUUCUCCUUCUCUUCUCAAACAUUUUUUCAUCUCAAAGGGACAGAAAUGAGCUUCUGCUUCUUUGCUUUGUAUUUUUGGGUUCUGAGUUUUAGUAUUUGGAUUAGUUGGAUCACCUCCCCUCACACCUCUAAAAAUAAAAGAUGGUAGGAAGUUGUCAUUUCUUUGCAUGAAAAAUUCAGAUCCCCUCUGCUCUGCAAAGCUCUCUGGGGAAUUUUUGCAUGCUUGUCCUUCCCAAAGGAGCUGACCUCUGCUGUUUGUGCUGAGCCUGGAACAAGUGGAUGUGCAGUUCAGAUGGGGCCACUGAACUCCACCACAACACAACAGAGGAGACUUGCACAGGUGCUAGGUCCUGGUGGGACAGCUCUCCUGGCAGGGGAAUGACAUUGGUCCAACUUUUGUGCUGAGAAAUAAAGGUAUCAUGAGGCUGGAAGGUCACUGAACUGAAAGGUCUCUCGAACUUUUAGUUCAAUGCAGGGUUAUUUGCAGGAAGCAAGUUUGUUAAAGAAUUGUCAUUCCACCCACCUUCCUUCAGGUGAUGUGCAGGUGCCAGCUCUGUUUAUAUUCUCUGAGUUGCUGGGAAAGACCUCCAGAGAGUGUAGUUUUUGAAAUUGCAAGCAGUAUUAAUAUAAAAAGAAAAUAUUGGUGAGGGUGAUUUGGCUCUGAGAGGGGAAGGGCUGUUUUGGAACAGCUGGCACCUUCAGGGCACAUGGGCAGAGCUGAGCAGGUUAUGACAGGUUGUAAGAGUGUCUGCUUUGUUGAAUUAUGUGUUUCUGGUCCCCUUGCUACAACCAUGGGUCUCCUUUAGCAUUCCUUCUGUUAAUAUAUCCCUGUCAGCCAGGACUGCUCCCUGGAUCAGGUGUCACAGCCCAUCCUCUUGUGGUUUUGGUUGUUGGUAGAUGUUGCACAGGGAAAACACUUCUUUCAUUCCUUGGCUCCUGGCAGUCUGGCCAGCUCACUGUUCUGUAGACAUUGUGUUAUUGUUAACCAGAUUUGUGAGCAGGACAAAUUGAAGUGUGGCUUCAUCCCAGUCAGCCCAGCUUCCAGGAGGAGCUGUGCAGGUGAAGCUUCUCUGAAAGCCUGCUUUUGUCAUACCUGUCUGUGACACAGGCACAAUAAUUCUUUGCCUCUCAGACAGCUGAGUCAGUGUUAAAAAUGUUAUUCAUGAUGUAUUUGUGUUACUGGGGUUUUACAUAUGGGUUUAUCUGGAAUGCUGAAUGCUCUGCAGCAUUAAACUCCCACAUUUUUAAGUACAUAAUGAAUGUGUCUUUUCCAGUCCAUAGAACUUUACUUUCAGGUGCAUUUACUUGACACAUUCAGUUACAGUGAGCUGUACUACCACAGAAAAAGCUCAGAUAGUUCUUAGCUGCAUUCUGUUUUUCAAGAUGAAAAACCAACAGUGUCAGUUUUUAAAAACCAGUUUAAACCUUAUAGGAUUUCUUACUCAUCUUCCCUACACCCUAGUGCUUUCAGUAUUAAUGUAUUUUUUAAAAGUCUUUUCUACUGUUUUUAACAGUGUUUACUCUGGAUUUCUAACUACUAAAAACCAGCCUUUCAGAUAAAAUUCUGGACUUGUCAUAUGCUGGAGAUAUCCAUCUUAGUGAUAAGAGUUUCUGUACUGUAAGCAAGUUACAAUGCAAUGCUAUGUUUGCUAAAAUUCACAGCAGGAGUGUUUAUGCAUGGUUUUUGACAGUUGUACUAUUUAUUCAAAUAAACAAAUAAUGAUCACUA